GUAUUCAGGUUCGGUUGCUUUGGAGUACAGCUUCAAGUGAAGUUAAUCUGAGGUGAAGCAAACAGAAUUGUGGAGGUUUUGUUGGAAUGAAUCUGAAGUCUGCUGCAGUAAAACACUGAAGGCUUUAAAAUGUUUUCUUGCAUAAAACUCAAACUUUAAGUAGCUGCUUAUGAGGAUAGGAAAGGCAGGAAGCUAAUGUCUAUCUCAAGACACAGGACAGCUGUUUGCUCAUCAACCUCAACUGUGUGUGCAACAGAAGAACAUGGCUCAAGAAACUAACCACAGCCAAGCACCUAUGCUUUGCUCCACUGGCUGCGGAUUUUAUGGAAACCCUCGUACAAAUGGCAUGUGUUCAGUAUGCUAUAAAGAACAUCUUCAAAGACAGAACAGUAGCAGUGGUAGAAUAAGCCCACCUGCAGCUUCUGUCAGCAGUCUGUCUGAAUCGUUACCAGUACAGUGCACAGACGGCAGCGGCCCAGACGCACAGUCAGCACUAGAGUCCACGUCUUCAUCUCUGCAACCAGGCCCUGUAUCAAAUCAGUCACUUUUAUCAGAAUCUGUAGCACCUUCCCAAGUGGACAGUACAUCUGUGGACAAAGCAGUAUCCGAGACAGAAGACCUGCAAGGACCCAGAGCAGAGGGCCUUGUUCCUCUUGAAUGUGAUCCUCCAUCUUCAGUAUCAGAUACAACACAGCAGCCAUCUGAAGAGCAAAGCAAGUCUCUUGAAAAACCAAAACAAAAAAAGAAUCGCUGUUUCAUGUGCAGGAAGAAAGUGGGACUUACUGGGUUUGAAUGCCGGUGUGGAAAUGUUUACUGUGGUGUGCACCGUUACUCAGAUGUACACAAUUGCUCUUACAAUUACAAAGCUGAUGCUGCUGAGAAAAUCAGAAAAGAAAAUCCAGUAGUUGUUGGAGAAAAGAUCCAGAAGAUUUGAACUCCUGCUGGAAUACAAAAUCCUUUGACCAUCUGCAAACUAAAAAUUGACUUGAGGUUUUUUUUCCUAGUCCUUGGGAAUGUAGAGCACCGUAUCUUGCAUAGACCUUUGAAUCAUGCAUGUCAUCAGAAGAAUAGAUUUUUGUUUUUGUUUUGAAAAUGACUCUGAACAUUUAUUUCCAUUGCAGUUUCUGUGGCUGAAAAGAAGUAUUAUCCUUUUAAGAUCAUUUUAAUUUUAGUUGAGUGCAGAGGGCUUUUAUAACAAAUGUGGAGAAAUUCUGGAGGGCUGUGAUUUUUCCAGUAUUAAACAUGCAUGUGUUGAUCUUGCAGUUUAUUUCUCAUUGUGUAUGUAUAUAGCUUUUCUCUGCAGCACGAUUCCCUUUUGAUAAUGCCCUUCUGGGCACAACUAGUUAUCAGUAACUGAAUGUACCUUAAUCAUUAUGGCUGCUUGUGUUUGUUUUGUUGUCAUUAACAAAGGUUAUACAUAUGUUAGCAUAUAGUUUCUUUGCACCCACUAUUUAUGUCAGAAUCAUUUGUCACAGGAGAAUAUGUGCUGAGGAGAUUCUAAAUUUGUGUUUUGUUUUUGUUUUUGUUUUUUUUUUUUCUUUUUUCUUUUUUUUAGUAAGGGAAAGAAAGGCUAAAUGCAUUUCACUGCUGACUGCAAGUUUCUUUCAGAUUACUGUUCAUUGGUCUGUGUGUGCACAAUAUAAAGAGUGAUCUGAAGUCAUUGUGCUGUAUUUAUGUUUAUUCACCAGUCUUUGAUUAAAUAAAAAGGAAA